AUGUCACCACAGGAAAUUGACGAGAACAAGCGCAAGUUCGAAGAAACAAGCAGGAAUGAAGAGAAACAGCAAGAAAACAGUCAGUCCGAAGAUAGUCAAGGAGAAGAUGAAUAUGUCGUAGAGAGAGUUUUAAGACAUCGCAGGAAAAACUUCUUCCUCAAAUGGAAAGGGUAUCCAGAUUCCGAAAAUACGUGGGAGGACGAAGGAAACGUUUUUGCCCAAAAUUUAGUCGAAGAAUAUUGGGAAGGGAUUGGAGGAAGGCCUAAUACAAAGACGGUGUCCAAGUCGAAAACCAACGGUGAUAGUUCAUCAAAGUCAGCUCCCCGGUCAGACUUCAAGCGGAAACGAGCAACAGACUUAUCAGAUGAAGGAAUAGAUACUGAUGACGAUUUUCCGCCUUCCUACUGGGGGAGUUGGGAGGAAGAAGUGGAGAAUAUCGAAACCGUAGAAAAGACUAACGAAGGCUUAUUAGUCUAUCUGCAUUGGUAUGUCGUUCUCAGCAACGAGUCUAUUUUCAUGAAUCAAAAGGCAGAUAACUCGUCCGCUAAUAAUUCUCCC